CAAUCUUUCUUGCUGCUCCAAUUCGCUCUCUUUACUCGGCCAGCGGAAGGGGAGAGGAGGGCGAGAUGACGGUGGAGAAGGUGGACGCGGGGCUUUCCGACUUCGACGCCCACUUCGAUCGCCUCUUCGCUUCCCCGGACGCCGCCUCCGACGGCAAGGUGAAGCUGCUGCUCUUCCUGGCCGACCGCAAGCCUGGCUCCUCCCUCUCCUGGUGCCCCGACUGCAACGUGGCGGAGCCGGUGAUCUACGAGCGGCUGGAGGCACUGGAGGGCAAGGACGCGGUGCUCCUGCGCGCCUACGUCGGGGACAAGCCCACUUGGCGCGACCCGGCGCACCCGUGGAGGGUGGACCCCAGGUUCGGGCUCAAGGGCGUGCCAACGCUGAUCCGCUGGGAGGAUGGCGCCGCCGCCGCCCGCCUCGGGGACGACGAGGCGCACCUCAAGGACAAGGUUGACGCCCUCCUCUGCGCUGGCGGCAACUGAGUACUGACAGAUCUGGUUUCCCGUUCGGGUUCCAUCUGCGUAGAGUGGCCAUAAUAACAUGUACUGUAAUUCAGUUCAUCUACAUGCCGGACCAGAAGCUGGGGAAUCGUGUGAAGCUUAAUAAUUCAGUUUAUCUACAUGCCGAACCAGAAGCUGGGAAAUUGUGUGGAACUAAUAAUUCAGUUCAUAUAUGACCAAAAAAAAAGAAACUGCGAGAUUGUUAAGCUAGUAUUUCGAUGGUAUCACAGUA